AUGAAAGAUCUCGAGGUAGAAACAAACAGGAAGCUGGAGGAAAUGAGAAAACAAAUUGAUGACAUUAAGCAAGAAAAAGAAAGAAAGGAAGAAGUAAACAAAUUAAAAGUAAUCAAACUAGAAGAAGCAGUAAACAAAAUGCAAAGAGAAAUCAAGGAGAAACCACAUUGCAACAAGCAAGAACAUGAAAGCGAAGAAGGCAUAAAAGAAAAUGAAAAGUUAAAGAAAGAUUUAGAGUGGAUAGUAGAAGAAGCGGAAAGAGAGAGAAGAAAGAAAAACAUAAUAAUCAAUAGUUUAGAAAUACAAAACAAGGAGAAGCUGACAGACUGGAUUGUCCAAAAACUAGAAGUAAAGGUUGGAAUAAGGAAAAUAUGGAAACUAAAAAAUGUAGAAAAAACCAUAGGAGCGCAACUAGAAAGUAAAAAAUCAAAGUUGGAGAUAAUGGAUAAGAAAAGCAAAUUAAGAGAAGAAAAAGAUAAAAUAUACAUAAAUGAUGAUUUAACAUGGAAAGAAAAGCAAAAUAAGAAAGAAGUAUUUAGAAAAAGAAGUGAGCUGGAGCAGAGAGACAUAAAAUGCAGAAUAGGAUAUAACAAGAUCACAACAGAAAAGGAAGCUUUCUACUGGAAUAAAAAAAUAGAAAGAUGGUUUCGGAAGGAGAAAAGAGAGGCAUUUCCACGAGAUAUUAAAUAG